AGGCUUAGUACAACCGAAACGUGGGCUUUUAGCGAGGGGGAAGAGGGUGGCUUUACGAAGGUGUAAUUUACCCAUAGGAUGACUGUACAACGUCUAGUGAAUUAUUCGUGGGAUUCGGUCGGGCACGCGGUACCUACUUAUUGUUACUCAAAGUAUCCAAGGAAGGCGGUCUACCAUUUUAGACUUGUUCGUGACUCUAGGGUGACUAUUCAGCUGUCCAAAGUUCAAAGGAUCGACGUCGUUCUAGUUGGUACCAUUCACAGUCGACACCUACUCAGGUAUGUCGUUAACCUUGGAGCGUGUGGUACACCUGGUGCACCGAACCCUAAAUCGACGCAGACAAUGUUAACGUCGAUACUACAACGUUGCACAUUAACACAGAGCACCCUUGUUGGAAUAACCUAGACUGUAUAAAAAAAUUCAAGUCACAUUACCAGAACAUGAAUGAAUGAAAUAAAAAAAAAUGGUUACCACUGACAAUGGGCUUGAC